GGGAGGAAUUUCUCCUCAAGGCAGAAUCUGUUUGGUCUUAUUCAAAAUAGGGCAGAAAGUCAAAGAAGCUAUUAUGUCUACUCAAGAAUUUCAGUUCCAAGAGCCAGAGCAAGAACAAGAUAAAUCAAACAGUCUAUUCUUCACUAAUUCAGAAAGUAAUGAAUUAAGCGAUAAUCCAUUAAGGAAAGAUUCUCCUAAAACACUUCUUCCCAAUGCAAAUGUAAGCAGAGGAAAGCCAGACAGCAAAGCCUCAAAUUAUUUUAUAGCCCUAGAUUCAACUAUUGAAAAUCUUCAGGAAAGAACACAGCAACUAAUUGAUAAGAUUAAUGAGAAUAGGAAGAAAGACCAUGUACUCAUGAACAACUUCAGAGAAAGUCUUCUGAUGAAGGUUUCAAGCUUGGCAGAAAAAUUGGAAGAAAGUGUAUUUCCUGUUUAUGACCAUAAUAACAAGCUUAUUCAGGAUAAGCUGCAAGAGCUUUCUGAGAUCAUGGAAAAGAUCAGACAGAUUGAAAAUGAACUCAAGCAGGUUUGUCAUACUGUGGAAAUGAUGUAUAAAGACCUGUGUGGUCAAUCUGAAUUGUAAUCUUAUAGGUUAAAAAAUAAAAUAAAGGAGGGGGAAAGAAUAUAGUAAGAAAGAAUAAAUACAUAAAUAGAUCUGUGUGCCAAUAAAUAGUAAUUUGGCUUCUUUGAAUUGCAAAAUGGCAUCCAAAUCUAUUCUGUUCAUAGGUAAGUUUAUUUUCAAGCACUUUUUUGGUUCUUCAUUACUCAUUUACAAAUGAGUCAUUUUCUAAUCCAUAAUCUCAAUAAAAUUACAGUUACAUUAAUAUAUAGUAAUUUAUUUUCUUUUCCAACAUUUGAGCUAUUACCAACAAUUAGCAAUCGCCCAAGCAAAUGUAGUCAGUACAUAGGAACAUGAUACUCAUUAGUUCUCUCUUUUCUUUUUCUCAUUCCAUAAAAUGGGCAUUUUCAGCAAGGCAAAUCCUUGCUUGGCUGACUUCCUUUAGUCCAUUAACUGUAAUUAAGCCCAAUCAGGAAGUUGCUAUUGUGCAAUCUCUUGAAUAUCAUCACAACAAGCCUUUGGUCAAGAAUAUGAAGUGCUAUAAGGGCAGUUUAAGAUCGUCAUCACUGAGUGGAUAAAACAUCUAUAAGUACUCAGCUGAACAUCUCAGAUUUAUAGUAUGAAAGUACAAGAAAAAAAAUAACUAUUAUUUGUAAAGGUAAUUAGGACAAAGAUAAUAUCUAGUGCUCUCACUAAGAAAUGAACAAGUUAUUUAAAACUUGGCAAACAUUCGCACUUUAAACAUAAAUGUUCAUAAACUUCAGAAGUAAAAAUAAUUUGUUGGUAUUUCUUCUUUUAUUAUGGUUUGUUGCAGUCAGCCAGUUGUUUAGACUGGAUUUGCAUUUUAUCCCGCUAUCAAGUCUUCAAGGACCUGAGACAGGCAGAUGUUGCUUGAUGAUGUUAGAGGUAUCUUCAGAAGUUGUAAGCUGUCGACAAUCGACUGAUGGUAUCAAGGCCAAUGGUGUUCAAGUAGUGCUCCAGUUGUUUUGGGAUUGCACCCAAGACGCCUAUUACUAUUGAUACUACCUUUGCUUUCAUUUGUCACAGCUGUUCUAUUUCUUUGUAUUUUGUUACCUUCU